UUCAUUUGCCUUGUGACGUCAUACUCCGAAAAUAUCAAAAUUUUUUUGAUGAAAUAAAACAGAGAGAAGGAGAGUAGAUAAGAGGGGAUAGAUCAUUAUGAUCCCGGUAGUCAGUUCAGGUCUUGAUCUUUCCUUGACUUCGACAAAAAUCAUUGGAUUCUUCAGUGACAAAUAUCAUCAACAAAAAAAAACAAGAAACUAAUUUAAAACAACAAGUGUAUAUUAUUUGUAUUUAAAAAUUUUUUAUACAAUUUUUUUAAACUAUUAAUUAAUAGUGAAUUUUUUUUUUAUAAUAAAUUAAAAGUGCGUAUUAAAUUACAUGGAUAUUUAAAAAUAAAUAAAUAUUGAUUGUAAUUCAGUGUAAAAGUGAUAGUUAAAAAUUUCUGAAUCAAUUAACAGUUGUUUUUGUAUUUUUGUUAAUAAACUUGUGAUAAUUUUUUGAAGGAUAAAUUUUUGGUGAAAAAUAAAAUGCCAGGUGCGGGCGGUCAACAGCCCCAGAGGACAACCUUCAGACCACCGUGGGUCAGGGAUGGACCAAAUCCUUUACCAUUACCAGCAGCACCAUGGACUCUUAAUUCUAGAAGAGAAUCAAAACCAACCACUGAGGAUGCUCCAGCUUUUACCAAAGUUACACUAAAAAGCGUACCAAAAACACCAGAUGCUGAUGGAGUUGCACCAACAGUGCCUCCGGCAAGAAAACAAACUAAAUUAACAAUCAUACCUUCGCAAUCAAAAAAUGAUAAAAAUACAGUUAAUAAAGUUGUUGGAAAGCCAGUUGAAAUAACAAACAGCAAUAAACAAAAUUCACCAAUAAAUGAUAGUCCACCAAGUGGUAGUGAAAAAAUAACAAAAUCAAAAAUUGGUGAAAAUGGAAGAAAUAAUUCAUCAACAAGUAAACCACAGUUGGCGAAACAAGUUCGUAUUGAUAGAUCAAGAUCACGUAGUGAUAAUAAAGUAUCAUUAUCAAAAAGUGAAAGUACCACAGGUGCACCAACAUUAUCAAAAAGUUCAUCGAGGGCGGCAAUACCACCACCACCACCACCAAGACCACCACCACCACCACCAGCACGUGAAGUUUUAAAAGAUUUACCAGCAUUGUCUGAUAAACAAACAAAAAUAUUGGAGAUGCUUAAAUCGAGGCCACGUAAAAGACCAGAUUGGCAUGACAUGAUGAAGGAGGUUGAAAGUGGCAAACAACUUAAACACGUCAAGUGCAACGACAGAAGUGCACCAAUCAUUGAAAGAGUUAGCAAAGUCACGGCUGAUCCCGCAGGUAAAGCACAUUUUGUCUUCGAAUCAGAAGAAUCCAAUAUGCACAAUCAACUACUUCAUCAAAUACAAUCAGGAAUUAAAUUAAAAAGUGUCAAAACAAAUGAUCGUUCAAAGCCAAUAUUAGAAGGAUUGAGAAAAUUUAGAAGACAAUUAACAAUUGAAGAACAAAUACAAAAAGCUGAAACAGCACCAGUUGAAACUGUUGAAACAGUUGAUGAACUUGAUGAUAUUGAUGCUGUAAGAGAUGAUUUACAAAGUACUAAACAAAUGCUUGCACUUGAAUUGAGAAAUAAAGAGGCAUUGGAGAGAGAUAACAAGAGGCUACAGGCAAGAAUAUUAAAUUUAGAAGCUGAAGUUGAAAGAGUAAAAAUUCAACAAAAUGUACAAGAGCAUAAAAAACAAGAUGAAAAAUUGACUGAAUCAUUAAAAAAAGAAGCUGAACAAGCAAGAAAAGAUGCUGAAAAAUUGGAACAAGAAUAUUCAAAUGUUGCUGAAGAGAGAGAUAAAGCUAAAUUAGAAUUAGAUGAAAUGAAAAGAAUGUAUGCUGCAUUAGAGAGACGCAUGAAAGCUGAAUAUUAUUGGGAUUGGGCUGAGCCCAUUGUGGAAUCACCACAAGAUGAAAUUUCACCAAUGGAAUCAGCAUGGUACAAAUUUUCAGGAAUGGCACUUGCUGGUUGUCCAAGUGCAAAAGACGUUGCUAAAAUAGCAUCACAAAAAAGUAUUGAUAAAGGUAUUAAAACACCAAGUGAAUCUGAGGAAGAAGAUGAAACUUCAUCUGAAGAAGAUGAAGAUGAUGAUCCUGAUGCACUAGCAGAAAAAAGAGCAUUAAGAGAAGUUAAAUUGCUCAUAACUAAAAUAUCAAAUUUCAAAAAUAAACAAACAAAUGCCAAAAAUGAAAGACACGCCCUUAAGGAGCAAAUAAAACAGCAACAAAAAUUAUUAAAAGAUGAAAAAAAAAAAUAUAAAACACUACAAAAAGAAGUUGAUAAAAUGGCAAAAUUAAUGGCUGAUACUGAUGAUGAAGAUGAUGAAGAAAAAGAAGAAGAAGAAGAAGAGGAGGAAGAGGAGGAAGAAGAGAGCUCAGAAGAGGAAGAUUCAGAAGAAUCUGAAGAGUCUGAAGUAUCAGAGGAUGAGGAGGAUGAUGAGGCUGAGGAUGCUGAAGAUCGUAAAGCCAAAUUACAGGUGACUGCAAAGAAGCAAGAGAGUCGUUUGGCUUCACUGAAGAAGGGCAAUUACUUGCUCAAGGCUCAAGUUGACCGGUUGAAAGACGACCUGGUGAAGCAGCGUGAAGAUAGUCUGUCACUCCAGGAAGACCUUGACUCGGUCCUUGCUGAGCUUGGAUAAUUUAUUAGUAAAUUAUCUCACUUCUAUAGUUUAUAUGAAAUUUAAAUAUAUAUUACAAUAAAAUACAAAUAAUCAAACAAUUUAUACAUAAUAAUGAUAAAUAUAGAUUUUCAAUUGGAAAAAAACAAAAUAAAAAAAAAAAAAACAAAAUCGUAACAGAAAAACAAAAUUAAAAAAAUAAUGGAAAUUUACUGCGUAUAAAAUACCAAGAUGACGAGAAUAGAUAUGGAAAUAUUUGUGUAUAAAAAAAAAAAAAUAAAAAAAAAAUUCACUUACAAACCCACCAUAUACACCUACGUCUAAAUUCUAAACACACUCACGCAAAUUCAAGAAACUAGAUUAAGAAAGUAUCAAUAUUAAUUUGCAAUAUGAUAUUAAUAAAAUUAUAUGAUUUGUUAUGGAGGUUAUGAUAAAAUCAGACAAAAAUAAAAUUAAUUUUUUUUUAGUUCUGAUUUUUUGUUAAUUUGUUUGUUAUAAUUUAAGAUUUUUU